CAUGUUUCCAACUAGUUUAUUUAUAUUUUAUUUGUGUCAUUUUUUAAACUGAUAAAGCCUAUAACUGUUUAUAUUAUUCGAAAUAACUUCUUUUAUCUUUAUCUCAUUAAACAAACAUUUAUUGAAAUUUUUUAGUUGGUGCAACGUAACUUCAAAAAAUCUACAAAACCAAAGGUUAAUGAUAGUCACUAAUACUUUAUUUAAUGAUCUUAAGUUGUAAUUAGAUAAUACAUCACUCUGUAUAAUACGUGAAAAUUACUACAAACGGAUAAAAGUCUCCAGCAGAACGCCGGAAUUUGGACUUUGGAUUUCAUUAGAUUACAUUGUACAGGAGCAGAAUGUCUUUAUUUUGGAAUUCAUUAAGGAAAAUUCCUGCCCAAAACAAAAUAGUGAAGGUGCCAGCAAGGUAUUUAAAUUUACUGGAGUACCAGAGUAAAAAUUUGCUUCGAUCAAAUGGGGUAGCAAUACAGGACUUUUGUAUGAUCGACGAGAAGGGCUCCACAGAAUUGGAUAAGUUCAACGUCAAAGAAUAUGUUAUUAAAGCCCAAAUCCUUGCUGGAGGCAGAGGCAAAGGUCACUUCGACAAUGGCUUUAAGGGAGGAGUACACAUCACUAAAAACCGUAAUGAUAUCUUGGGCAUUGCCAAAAAAAUGCUCGGACACAAGCUCAUCACAAAACAGACCCCAAAAGACGGUAUUAUCGUAAACAAAAUAAUGAUAGCCGAAAGUGUGAAUAUUGUCAGAGAGACCUACGUGUGCAUCCUAAUGGACAGACAACGUAACGGCCCCGUCAUCAUUGCCUCACCCGCCGGCGGCAUGGACAUUGAAGGGGUCGCAGAAAAGACGCCGCAUUUAAUCAAAAACAUGCCCAUAGACAUUUUUGAAGGAAUCACUGACAGCAUGGCCAACGAGCUGGCUGACUUCCUCGAAUUCAAGGGAGAACUGAAGAGCAAAGCGGCCAAUGAGAUUAAGAAACUGUGGAAACUGUUCCAGGCUGUGGACGCCACCCAAAUAGAGAUCAAUCCCCUUGUCGAAACUGAUGACAAACAGGUCAUAUCAGUUGAUGCCAAAUUGAACUUCGAUGACAAUGCUCAGUUUAGGCAGAAGGCCAUAUUUGAAAUGGAGGACACAACUGAAUCAGAUCCUAGGGAAGUUGAAGCCAGCAAAUAUAAUUUGAAUUAUAUUGGAAUGGAUGGCAACAUUGGAUGUCUAGUUAACGGAGCUGGAUUGGCAAUGGCCACAAUGGACAUAAUCAAACUUCACGGAGGCGACCCAGCCAACUUCUUGGAUGUGGGAGGAAGCGUCAAAGAAGAGCAAGUUAAGGCCGCCUUCAACAUAAUAACGUCCGACGAUCGUGUUAAAGCUGUCCUCGUUAACGUAUUUGGUGGUAUCGUGAACUGUGCAACGAUAGCCAACGGUAUCAUCGGAGCACUUAAGACGAUGAAACUGAAGGUUCCAUUAGUUGUAAGACUGGAGGGUACCAAUGCAACUGCUGCCCGACAAUUAAUCAAAGAUUCCGGCCUUCCAAUAAUCACAGCCGAAAAUUUGGAUGAUGCUGCGGUUAAAGCAGUAAAGGCCAUUUAAUGUGUCAUUUUUUAUUUUUUUUUAUACAUGGUUAUAAAAUGUUAAAUUUUUAUAUAUUCUGUUUAUUGAUAUCAGACUGUUAUAGUUUUUGAAUACAAUGUAUACAUUUUAUUGA